ACAGUAAUACGUAUCCCUUUCGUGUGUAUUCAUUGCGGACGUAUCACGUUAUCAUGAAGUCUUUAGCGCUUGUCGAAAAUUCCACAGGUCACAAUACAGAACAAAAUGACGUCAAUGCACUUGCUGAAGAAAAACCACAGAAAACAACAUGUGAAAAGGUCAUAGAAACCGGAUUUCUUGUUGCAACAUGGUUAGCUUUGGGUUUAUAUCUUGAGAUAUUUGGGCCAACGCUGAUUGACCUCAAAAUCAAACUUAAUACGGACUACGAGAAAGUAGCGGUUGCUGUAUCCGGCAGAAGCUUUGGGUUGUUUCCCGGCUGCGUAAUCGGUGGCUAUCUCGUCGACAAGUUUGGAAAAUACUGCCACCUCAUGUUAGCCGUUUGUUUGGAUAUAGCAGCCGUCGCAACGGUCGUUAUUCCGUGGUCUGCAAACGUUGAGCUGCUGUGGUUUUUGUGUUUUGUUGGUGGUUUCGUUGAGUCUGUUAUAAAUAUCGCGGGACAGCGCCUCAUCCUGAAAUUAUGGCUGGAGAAGGCAGCAACUCCGAUGAUUCUCCUUCAUUCGGGAUACGGCUUCGGUUCUUUCAUUAUUCCACUGUAUACAAAUCCAUUUCUCGCAGUAAAACGGGAGGACAGUGUGAACGCCACCUUGCCGGACUCUAAUAUUACAGUUUCUUCGACUCAAUCUAGCUUAAUGCCAAACACAACUGUUUCGGAGUAUAUAAAUGAGUCAAGAAUAGAAUAUUCUUACGCAAUCUCUGCAGCAUUAGUUGCGCUGCAUUCUUUUUCAUUUUAUGUUUAUCAAGUUCGAGAAAAACGGUAUCAACGGCUAUGCAGUGGUGAUGAUGACGGCGACGAUGUAUCUAAGCAUUUGAAAAAGUCUUCGGGCUCGGACGACCGCACUUUUCUUCAAAUGAUUAAUCCCGGCACUUGCAGCGGCGGACGCAUCUGGUAUGGUAUCCAAAUAUUUGCCUUGUUAUUCUUUUUCUUUGCAAAUGCAAAUGGAGGUGAGAGGAUUUUAGGAGGAUUUAUUCGUAGUUUCUCCGUCGAUCAGCUGGAGUUCUCCAAUUCGGACGCUUCGUAUAUCAACACUUCCUUCUGGAUAAGCUUUGCUGUUGGCCGGAUUUCUUUCUCCGUCGCGGCGAAAUGGAUUUCAGUGCGUAUUUUGAUUCUUAUUGAAACAGGGGGAUUAACUGUUGUGGCAAUACUACUCGCAAUUUUUGCAAACGACAGUUCUUUAUCCUACUGGAUACUGAUACAAUUUCUAGGAAUCUUCGAAGCUCCACUUUGGCCGAGCCUCGUAGCAUGGACAGACUACCAUCUUGAACUUACUGGAAUGGGAAUGAUGUUCAUACUUCUGGGCGGAUCCGUCGGCGGCAUUGGUCAUCUUAGCCUUAUUGGAUAUUUAUAUGAACAUGUCGGUGCCUACACGUUUCUUUACCAGGUCCUUGGCUACGCCAUUUUUGCCUUCAUGAUUGCAAUUUUACUAGAUAUUGUGGGCGCUCAGCAUGGCAGUAGGUUUUCCUGGAAUAAACAUGAGGACAAUAAAGCCGUUGAAAUGGUCUAUGUUGAAAAGAAAAUGAUUGAUGAUACAGAUGAAAAUGGAGCCGACGGAUCUACGUAGAGAGAAGCGAUGGCUAACAACCUCGGCGUGUAUUAUCAUUUCUCUAUUUUAGUCAAACUAAAAAUUGCGAAUGUUCUGUAAAUUCCCCCAGUAUCUGUGACGAACAUAAGAUAAAAUAAAUAUUUUUAGGAGUU